AUGACAGACAUGAAAGAAAACCUCAAUGCAGUCUUCGACCCCGCGGGCCGGGGGCUGUCCCCCGACAUCCUGGGUGUUUUGGAGUCCACGCUGCGCCUGCACUCGAUGACCGCGGACGAGCUAUUUAUCAAGUGGGAGGUGUAUUGUUUGAAGAUGGGCAGCGAGGAGACGAAACUUGACCUGGAAACGGCACGUCUUUUUGCAAAGGAUGUCCAGGAUGGUGUGGAGCGAGGGAUCGCGAAGAGUGGUCCCAAGUCCGAGAGAAAGAGUGUAGUCCACGCUACACCCAGGGCUAGCGGCAACGGUGACGUUUUCGGGAUGCUCGACGAACUCACGCCAAAUGCACUUCCGCGACGAAAUGGGAGUGUAAAGAGGAAAGCUGACUUCGACUCUCCCAUGCCGAGAAAGCUCAGCCGACCUGAGACUACGAGCGAAACACCCGGAAAAGGAGGAAAGCUGGACGGAUUUCCAGGAAUCCCAUUUUCCGAAAGGCAGAACGCAGGUCAAAUCGUCGAGACGUUGAACGACCAUCUCCCCUCUGCCGACGCGCCUCUCGCACCAUUCUCAGAAGCCCGACUUCGCUUGAUCUCCGGAACCGAGUAUAAGAAAUUUGCAUAUAAGCCUAUGGCGAUGCGGCUGUCAGAUUCCUCAGAGGUUCUGGACGAACGAAUUGAUGACUUUUUAGCGCUGGUCCAAAAAUACCAUAAUCUUGAUGACUCCGCGUUUGGCAAUGCCGCUGCACAAAGUACCAGUGAGAUUAUUGCCGUUGGAAGAAUCGCAUCCGAUACUGCAGAGGGAAAACUAAACUCUGCUUCUCUGGUCUUGGAGAUGUCAAGACGGAUGGGUGCCGGACUGCGGAUCCCUUUGAAAGUCGACACUUUGCUAUCAUACCAAUUCUUCCCUAGUCAAGUGGUUGCUUUGCGUGGCACCAACGCCUCUGGUCUCUACUUCACAGUCAAAGAGGUUCUUUCAGUUCCACAGCUUCCCAUGCCUUCAUCUGUUCCCAGUGACGUAAUGGCAAUUAAUGAGAAGCUUGAAACCUCAGACGAUUCCACUUCAACGCCACUGAACAUCAUGAUAGCUUCUGGACCAUACACGGCCGACGACAAUCUCGACUUCGAACCUUUCCAAACUAUCUGUGAGAAAGCCUCAGAACACAUGGCUGAUGCCCUCAUUCUGAGUGGUCCCUUUCUCGAUAUCGAACACCCCAUGCUGGCCUCCGGAGACUUCAACCUGCCGGAAGUGCGAGGAUUAGACCAAGAUGCGAGCAUGGCAGCAUUAUUCCGCCUUUGGAUCUCCGCUCCUCUCCAACGUCUCUGCACAGCAGUUCCCAGCAUCUCCGUCCUCAUUGUCCCCAGUGUGCGCGACGCAAUCAGCAAACAUGUCAGUUGGCCACAAGAACGACUUGCAAAGAAAGAUCUUGCCCUGCCCAAACAGGUCGUCAUGCUUCCAAACCCAUGCUUCAUCACCCUGAACGAAGUGGUAUUUGGUAUCUCCUCACAAGACAUCUUAUACGAACUCAGUCGGGAGCAGCUGUCCCAUGGCACCGUAUCGGAUCUCUUGACCAGAUUACCCGGAUAUCUGAUCGAGCAGAGGCAUUUCUUCCCUCUCUUCCCGCCCAUGUCUAGGGAUAGAUUGACCAGUAAUGGCGCCGUAAAAGCCACGGGUGCCUGCUUGGAUAUGGGAUAUUACAAACUUGGUGAAUUCUUGCAAGUCAAGCCCGAUGUGCUUGUCUUGCCGAGUAUGUUGACGCCUUCUGUCAAGGUCGUAGACAGCGUCAUGGUGAUCAACCCAGGCCAAUUAUCCAAACGGAAAGCUGCAGGAACUUUUUCUCAAAUCUCUCUGCAACCGCGAAUAUUGACCGAGGAGGAGAAAGGAGCCCGGAAUGUCCCGAAUAAGGUGUUUGAGCGCGCAAGAGUCGAUAUCGUAAGGAUAUAG